AUGGAGCGGCUGAUUCUGUGUGUGCUGCUUUGUAGCGCCUUGGUGAAGGGCUACAGUUGUCCUGGCCGCUGCAUCUGCCAGCAUCUGUCUCCCACACUGACACUCCUUUGCGCAAAGACAGGCCUCCUGUUCGUGCCGCCCACCAUCGACCGUAAGACGGUGGAGCUGCGGCUCACUGACAACUUCAUCACCGUUAUCCGCAAAAAGGAUUUCUUCAACAUGACCAGCCUGGUACACCUCACUUUGUCCCGCAACACCAUUAGCCAGAUCACUCCUCAGGCCUUCAUAGGCCUACGCUCGCUGCGAGCACUGCACAUGGACGGAAACCGCCUGAGUGCAAUCAGGAGCGACCAUUUCAAAGGCCUGAAUAACCUUCGGCACCUUAUCCUCGGGAACAACCAGAUCCACCAAGUAGCUGUUACCUCCUUUGACGAGUUUGUCUCCACUAUUGAGGACCUGGAUUUGUCCAACAACAACCUGCGCACCCUGCCUUGGGAAGCCAUAGCGCGGAUGACUAACAUCAACACACUCACGUUGGACCACAACCUGAUUGACCACAUCGGAGCAGGCACCUUCACCUUGCUCACCAAGCUGGUCCGCCUGGACAUGACAUCAAAUCGGCUGCAAAAGCUACCGCCCGAUAGCCUGUUCCAGCAUGCUCAGGUACUGUCUGACGCUAAGGGCUCCAGCUCCUCCACCUUGGCUGUCAGCUUUGGGGGGAACCCGCUUCACUGCAACUGCGAGCUACUCUGGCUUCGCAGGUUGACCCGUGAGGAUGAUCUGGAGACUUGUGCCUCACCUGAACACCUCAUGGACAAAUAUUUCUGGUCCAUACAAGAGGAGGAGUUCAUCUGCGAACCGCCUUUGAUCACGAAACACCUUGCCACCAAGCCCCACGUGAUGGAAGGGCAGGGGGUCACCCUAAAGUGCAAGGCAGUGGGUGAUCCUGACCCAGAGAUCCACUGGCGUUCACCAGAUGGCAAGCUGGUGCACAACAACUCCCGAACCAUCCUGUAUGAAAAUGGAACGCUCGAUAUUCUGAUCACCACUCUUAAGGACAGUGGAGCGUUCAACUGCGUGGCCUCCAAUGCGGCGGGCAUCGCCACAGCUGCCGUGGAAAUAAACAUGAUCCCACUGCCACUGUUUGUUAACAACACUGGCCACAUGCGUGAAGACCCAGGCCUGUCGGACAUCACCACUUCGUCCAAAUCGGGCAACGACACUAAGGACAGGCAGGGUAAAAGGGUGUUGGUCACUGACCUUACUUCAUCAUCGGCUGUAGUCCGUUGGCCAUCUGAACGUCACAUCCCCGGAAUCAGAAUGUACCAGAUACAGUACAACAGCACUGCUGAUGACACGCUGGUGUACAGAAUGAUCCCUCCUAGCAACAAGGAUUUUUUGAUCAACGACUUGGCAGCGGGUCGUGAGUAUGACCUGUGCGUACUGGCCGUAUACGACGACGGCGUGACAUCAUUGACGGCCACGCGUGUAGUGGGCUGUAUCCAGUUCCACACUGCUAGAGAGGUUAGCCAGUGCCGCUUCAUGCACAGCCAGUUCCUGGGAGGCACCAUGAUCAUCAUCAUCGGCGGCAUCAUCGUGGCAUCCGUCUUGGUGUUUAUCGUCAUUCUCAUGAUCCGCUACAAGGCCUAUGGUGGUCCCGAGGAGGUCAAGGUCAAGGCGGGCCCCGGUGUCCGCUCGCAGGCUAAUGGCAGUCACCGGCGGCUGCAGCGCUCCGCGUCUGGGCAGCCUUCGGAUGAAGGCCACCGUGACGGGUCCAAGGAAUGCAUGGCGCUCGUUCUGAAGACAGACCUCGAGAAGGAGGAGGACACCAAAGCUGUUGUGGCUGUCGGGGCAUCAUCCGCCGUCCUGGAGGUGGAGCUACCGCCGCCGACCAAGCGAAGGACCAGCCUGCCGCCAGAGGACACACAGAAUGACACUCAGACGGACAGCAGCCUGACAGGCUCCACCAUGUCGCUGUGCCUCAUCGGCCCUACCGCCGCCUCCACUGAGGCGCCGCGAUUCCUGGACAAAAAGGGCGUACUGGCCAACACGGGGUUGCUGAUGUCCAACGAUCUGGCACGAACUCGGCACAGGUUCUCUUUCGAUGGGGGGGACUACUCCAUAUUUCAGAGCAACAGUUACCCGCGGCGUGCCAGGACGAAGUGGCACCGCUCUACCAACCAGCUGGACACAGAGUCGUCGCCCCUAGCCAACCGCAAGGUGACGUUCAGCAGCACUGAGUGGAUGCUGGAAAGCACAGUGUGA